CUUCCCUUUCCUUUUUUUCAAGCCUAAUUUUGCACACGCGGUGGUGUUCUGGCGCCGCGGUGAAUUGGUGGAGUUGGGGUGCUUGCUGCGCCGCGUUUUAAUUUUGUGAAAAGGGACACACACAGGCCGAUUAUUUUUUUUCUCUUCCCACCCGCCCGCCUUAUCCCCCGAACAAUCCGUGAUCAUCGAGGCCGUCUCCACUGAAAAGAAAACCACGCGAGGAUUUCACAAUGGACACAUCGUCUCCCGAAGCGCAAGUAGCGCCCGACAAUUGGGAAGACCACAGCGUGGAGAUCAACAAUGCCGAUGAAGACGACGACAUGGCUAAGUCGUUCUCCAAGCUAAACGUGGACGCACCGCCGUUCGUGCCUUCAUUCGCCACGUUACAGAUGGCACAGUUAGACCCACCGGAGAAAGGCAACGAGGAUUCUCCAUCAGACAAGAAAGACAGCGACAAGGAGGAUUCCGCAAGUAUGGACGACUCCCCAGCAGACUGGGAAUGCGUGACACUGGAGGACAGCCCUCAGGACGCAGGCGGGGGCGACCAGACGCCCUCGACGGGGGACGAGGACGAGCGCAUGGACGUCACCACCAAACCACGCAAGAAACCCCCCAAGGACGACGACCAGGGCCCUAAAAAAGAGCACAUUAACGUCGUCUUCAUUGGCCACGUUGACGCCGGCAAGUCUACCAUAGGAGGCCAGCUUCUAUAUUUGACAGGGAUGGUAGACAAGCGAACAUUGGAGAAGUACGAGCGGGAAGCGAAAGAAAAGAACCGAGAAUCUUGGUACCUCUCCUGGGCACUAGACACAAACCAGGAAGAACGGGACAAGGGCAAGACAGUGGAAGUGGGCCGUGCCUACUUCGAGACUGAGAACAAGCACUUCACACUCCUGGACGCACCGGGUCACAGAUCCUUCGUGCCCAACAUGAUUGGAGGUGCCUGCCAGGCCGACCUGGCGGUGCUGGUGAUCUCGGCGCGCAAGGGCGAGUUUGAGACGGGCUUUGAGCGAGGGGGCCAGACGCGAGAGCAUGCCAUGCUGGCCAAGACGGCUGGGGUUCGACACCUGGUCGUCCUGGUCAACAAGAUGGACGACCCCACGGUGGAAUGGUCCGAGGAGAGGUACAACGAGUGCAAGGACAAGCUGGUGCCGUACCUGCGCAAGUGUGGUUUCAACCCCAAGACGGAGCUGACGUUCAUGCCUUGCUCGGGGCUGACGGGGGCCUACCUGAGGGAGGUGGCACCCCCUGACGUGUGCCCCUGGUACCGGGGUCCCCCGUUCCUCGAGUACAUCGACAGCCUGGCCCCGCUUAGCCGGUCGGCUGACGGGCCUUUUCGCAUGCCUGCUGUUGACAAAUACAAGGACAUGGGCACAGUGGUGCUGGGCAAAGUGGAGUCCGGGUCGGCGAGGCGAGGCCAGCAGCUGUUGCUGAUGCCAAACCGGCGGACUGUUGAGGUGCUCCAGCUAUGGUCCGACGAGGAUGAGACGAAUGUCAUCACGUCGGGGGAGAACGUCAAAGUCAAGCUCAAGGGCGUGGAGGAAGAGGAAGUGUCUCCAGGGUUCGUGCUGUGCGACGUGGUGAACCAGUGCAAGGUGGCCAAGGUGUUUGACGCGCAAGUGGUCAUCCUGGAACACAAGUCCAUCAUCUGCCCUGGCUACAGCGCCGUGCUGCACAUCCACGCUGCCAUCGAGGAGUGCUCAGUCAAGACUAUCAUCUGCCUAGUGGACCGCAAGUCGGGCGAGAAGAGCAAGACGCGGCCACGGUUUGUGAAGCAGGACCAGAUCGCCAUCAUGCGCAUGGAAUGCGCUGGUGUGGUGUGCAUGGAGCCAUUCAAGGAGUUCCCCCAGAUGGGCCGGUUCACCCUGAGGGACGAAGGUCGCACCAUUGCCAUCGGGAAGGUGCUGCGGGUGGUGGAAUGACUGGGAGCAGCCCCGGAGCAGUGCCACUCUCCCGGCUCGCAGCCGCCACCACCACCACCCAGGGAUUGCCAGCAGCAGCAGCAGCAGCAGCAAGACGCCGCCAGCUCCACCAACUCACCUCGCCACCGCCCACAGCGGCACUGCGAGGGGGGCGCGCGCGGCGUCGACAGCCGGCCCAAACAUGCGGUCCGAGCAGCUGCGCCGUCGUCCGCGGGCGGAUGACCGUGGCCCCCACGGCGGUGCGCCGUCUGCAGUCGGCUCGGGAAUCGAGUCGGGCCCAAACCAGAGCGCUAGAGUCAUCAGAAGAGGGUCACUGCAGCACCGCUGUCAUGUUGUGCCUCGCUGCAUCUGCAGUGUUGGCAAGUUGCUAAAAUUUCGAAAAUAGGAUGCGUAACAGUGCGGUUUCACAAAGAAAAAGCGAAGGACAAUGUCCCUUGUCCUUUUCCAUAUCCGCCGGUUCCACACUUGCAUCGUUUCGUGCUCUUAAUUUUCCGCAUUGUAAGUUACCAGAGUCAAAUCCUAUUUGAAAGAUCGAAACCUAAAUACUACAAGCUUACAGAGAAGCACUGUCAUGCAAGUUCCUCAAUUCUGCCGGUCACACUUGCUCCAUUUUAGAGAUAGUCCACACGUUGAACCGCUCAUUGUUAGCUUGUGCCAUUUCUGUGGCUACGGAGAUGAUGUUUAUGGCAUGUACAAAUGGACUUGUAAUCGAGCUAGCUGGACUGCACUGGGUUGCGUCACGUGUAUGCCUUUGCUUCAGUAAAUCAUCGUAGAUUUUCCAUAGCAUAAAAGGAUAUUCGGUUACAGCGGCCCGGAAGACACCCCAGUCACGCAGACCGCAGUCGAUCGCUACACCGGCCAGUCGCGGCUCGAAUGACUCGGUGUAUUCCGGACCUGCAGGUUUCUGCGACUCCGGCUUUGUAGAAAAGCCUUUUCUGAUGACUCUAGCUCCGGGACCCAAACCUUUUUGCUGCGUGGUGGGAUGAGCUGCGGAAUCCUUGCACGGAAACAAACGGACAACUAUGUCGUGCAGUGGGCGCUCUCUUAGCGGCAACACGGCGCACACUGGUUUUGUCGAGGGUGGAGGUCCUCGUGGUGGCAUGUUGCGCCCUAUAAUACAGGUGGUCAAGAGUUUGAGGGGUCGCGGCAAGGUCGUGGUUGAGACACGGAUUUAAAGACGGCCGGCGUGUUCCCCCCCUCCACUUUGAAGGACCGCUAGUGAUAAGAGGUGACUGUUUGCGAGGCUGCAGUGGUGGUGCGAAUGUGGGUGCAAGCACGAAAUGCUAGUUACCAAUAAAUGAUGGCCAGUUUUCAGGGGUGUGUUGCACUUAUUUCGUUACGCUCUUCGGUGCAAAACGGAAGUUUGUAGAGUAUAGCGACAGUCUGGUAUUAACUGCCGACUACUGGAACGAAUUCAUCGCUCCUGGCCAUCGUAUCGUCUCAGCGCUUUGACGUGAUGCCUGUAUCUGGUACGAGAUGUUUGUUGGUAUGUGUGGCUGGUACCAGUUUUCCCCACCAUAGCAGCAGUAGAUAUGUGUCUCCUGGUAUUAGUCUGGUAUUUUUAUUGUAAAUUAUGGACAUCUGCAGUGUGCUGAUGUCUUUUUGUACCAGCAUGCCUACUUUUCUAGUACCGGUCUCCGGAAGAGAGUCCACUGUCCACAAAGUAUUUUUUGGGCGCUUAUGCUGCUAGGCUGUACGCCUAUUACAUUGCAGGAUCUCUGGUACCACCAUACAUACCAACAUUUAUACCCGGUAUCGGUUUAGAAUAAACUGGUACUUUUGGUCUUAUGUAUGCCCUUAAAACUGCUGACUUGUGUAGAUUUUUUGGCAACAGUGUACCUUGUACCAGUAUCGCGCGUGUUCCAGGCAUUAGUCGUUCAAACUAGCGAGUACCAGAUUCCCACUGCCAUUAGCACAGCCUGCCUAUGAAAUUGGAAGGCCUUCCCUUGGGCGAAAUCCGUGUGCACCGCAAUUCAAGAAAAAAAAGUCAAUGGGUCGCCACGCAAGUUGGCUCUACUUUGGGCUCGAUCCGACUCUCGGACCGUCUGCAGACUCUUCGAGAACAGGACAGGCAAUGCGCACCAGCCGUCGAGACGGUCGUUACCGGACGCGACCGGUCUCCAGAGAUGAUGGAGAGACGUUUUUUUUUUCUUCCUCCUCUUUUGUAUAGACUUAUGCCAAUUUUCAAUUUUGUUGCCGUCUUUCCCUGGAUUUUUCUUUUAUGACAAUUUGUUUAUACAGUUGUGUGUAGCCUCUCUCUACUCUGUUCUUCUGUGUUUUAUAUAGUAAAUAUGUACAAUUGCCUUUCCUUUGUACUUUGAAAAAAAAGUUUUUUUGUGACCACGACGCAUCAGCUGGCAUCUUUUUAUCGCUCUUUCAGUGAAGACAGUUUGGUCUAUCCCUCAGGCAAGCUGUCAACUUUAUUUGCCAUAUGGACUUUUUUUUUUUAAUUACGCAGGGUAUUUCGCAGUUCACCAUGCAUGGGUUUUGGGUUGUCUGGCAAUUAUCGCAUAUCACGGCGCUUCAUUUUCGUUUCCGUACAAGAUACGUCCAGAAUUUGUCACGCAUUGGAGGUGCUACGUGCGUUUCUCGUUUAGGUUGUCUCGUUCGCCACGUGUAUCUUAAAACAGAGCGGUGAAAGUCUUCGUUUAAGCGUUUCACAUAAUAAGCACGAAGAAAAUGUGCGUAUGGCUUUUUUUUUUUCCUGGAGGAACGGAGGAAAUACUGGUGGCGGUUGACGCACUCGUCGUGCCCUGUGUUCUUUUGUUGUCUGGGCUUGAAAAAGAUCUUCGACGGAAAGAAAUUCUUGUUUUUAUGUCUCGAGGAGAUGAUCAUGUGGUGAAAGGAAGCGGCGGGAGAAUUGUCUUUUUUUUUCCCUCCCCUUUUUGUUUUCCCCUUGAUUUUGUUGUUUUUACCAAACUUCCAAGGAAAAACUGAAAUAAAAACGUUUAUUCCAAUCAACAU